UCGGAAAGGAAUCAAAUUAUGAAAUAUUUAAGAACGAUCAAGAUUUUAAUUUUUUCGAUGCCUUAUUUGAGGCAAUGCCUAUAAAUCGUAUAUUUACUCGUUUUAGUCAUGCGAAAUUUGCUCAAAUAUUAAAAGAUUUUCUUAGAAAAAAUUUAAACGAUCUUACAAGUAGAAUGCAACAAGUUAUUAACGAGGCUACAAGCAUUUGUAUUGGUGAAUGUGUCG